GUGCAUGCGGUCGUACUGGUACCUGGCUUUUUUUGUACCGAAUGAUGCUUGUGGAUCGGCCUGUCACCACUUUGCCUGUCACUGCGAUGGCCUCUUCCGUCUUCUCAGCCGUAAUCGCGGUCGGUGGACUAUCCCUGCACUGCUCCAAACCUGAUCGGCUUUUAAAGACUUCGUCCCUUCGCGGAAUCGAUUCUUGAGUUGCUGCUCCUCCGGCUUUUACUCUACUCACUUUCUUUUACAUUCCCCCCCCAACGUCUUGGGUAUCAUGGACUACGAUAACUAUGAUGCCGUCCUUCAUUAUGUUUGGGGUCGUACUCAAGGAGACGCUUGGUUCAAGCCCUCAGAAGAAAAUGUGGCAGCCGGAGUCUGUCUCCGUGUCGCGCCUGGCCAAUUCCGCGUGUUUCCGUACGAAAACCGCUUUCUGGCGCCAUUCGAGGCAGCCGUCCGUAUCCUCAACCCCCUCGUCGCUGUCAAAGUCAGGAGCGCCGCCGUAAAUGCUGCCUUGUCCACCGUGGCCGAAGAUGCUGUGUGCAUGUACCUCGAUUCAGACACGCGAAUUCAAGUGCUCGAUACAAUGAGCCAUCUUGUCCGUGCGGACAAGGAACAGUGCGGUGCCUUUCUGCGUGAUGAGCGUGUAUUAGUCGUAUGGUCCGACGAUCUCGACAAUAUCAUUCCCCUGUGUUCAGAUUUCGAAGAGAAAUUGAUGAAGCUCGUCUGGCGGUCCCGUGGAACUAUUGCCUCGUCCAUUACAGGAACAUCUGCUGCCCCAUCGACUACUGCAUCCGACGAUAAUCUCAACGCCGAUAACAAGGCCGCAGAAGCCGCUGCCGUGGCCUCGGAAGCUGUUGCCGUCGCUGUUCUUCAAGAGCGCGAAAAGCAACCAGGACAGAAAACGUCGACUGGGUUCUGGAGCUGGAAGUUGUCUGGCAAGUCAAAGGCAGCAAAACAUUCGGAUCCGGAGAAAGCUUCUGGCAAGUCUGCUCGGCCUAUUCAACUCUAUGGACCUUUCUAUGGAGGUCUCGGUGCAGGAUUGUCUCUUUACUUUAUUGGAAGCGGUAUUUCGACGAUGAUUUCCGAGGCCCGGCUUGACUCUGACUACACAAGAUUCGCGUUGGUUGCUACAACACCGUUUCUCAUUUGUGUGUCGCUGUUCUUCGCCCUUCAAGUCAUUACGAACCUUUCUAUGGUCUUUGGCCCCGUCGCGCAAUACCAUGAAAACUCUCGCUAUUACUCUGCAGUGGUACCCGAACCUAACCCGGAGCUAGACGCGAAGCUUCCUCACGUAACUGUUGAGAUGCCUGUCUACAAAGAAAGUCUCGAAGAGACCAUCGCUCCGUCGGUAAUGUCCCUAAAGAAGGCGAUGCAGACGUACGCCCGACAGGGUGGCACCUCCGCCAUCUUUAUUCACGAUGAUGGUAUUCAGCUUAUUAACGAAGCGGAGAGGCAGAAGCGAAUAGCGUUCUAUGCCAACCACAACAUUGGCUGGGUCGGUCGUCCUGGACACUCGAACGAACCCGAUGGCUACAAGCGGGCAGGUCGUUUCAAGAAGGCUUCGAACAUGAACUACGGAUUAGCUCUGUCCCUUAAGCUAGAGGAGAAGCUCCUUGAACUCGAGGCCUCGGAAAAGGCUGGGGCCAUCUCAGACGAUUUGGAUGAAUGUUUGGAGGACAAGGCACUCAAGCUUGCGAUCGAGGACGUCUACGAAGCCAAUGGUAGGAAGUGGAAGCCUUGGGCAUCUAACGGCAAAUCGCUUAGAAUGGGCGAUGUCAUUUUGAUCGUGGACUCUGAUACUAUUGUUCCCGAGGAUUGCUUCAGAGAUGCCGCACGCGAGUUGGCUGAGUGUCCCGAGGUCGCCAUCAUCCAGCACGAGUCAGACGUUAUGCAAGUCGCACACCAUUACUUCGAGAAUGGCAUCACACACUUCACGCGCCGAGUGAAUAGAUGUAUUUCCAUGGCUUGCGCAAACGGCGAAGUGGCCCCGUUUGUGGGACACAACGCCUUCUUGAGGUGGUCUGCGAUCCAAGAUGCGGCUUUCGUAGACCCAGAUGAUGGCGUCAAGAAGAUUUGGUCGGAAAGCAACGUCUCCGAAGACUUUGACAUGGCACUUCGACUCCAGUUGAAAGGAUACAUCAUUCGAUGGGCGACAUACUCGGAGAACGGUUUCAAAGAGGGUGUAUCGCUUACCGUCGAUGAUGAGCUCAAUCGCUGGCAGAAAUAUUCCUAUGGCUGCAACGAACUGUUGUUUAACCCGUUAUCUACCUGGUGGCGACUUGGACCUAUCACGAAGCAGUUGCGAACUUUCAUCUGGUCGGCUGCGCCGGUCCAUUACAAGAUCAGUAUGAUGGCGUAUAUGUUUUCCUACUAUGGAAUUGCAGCGUCGGCCAUGUUGUCGGUGCUCAACUAUCUCCUCCUUGGCUGGGCUCUCGACGUCGAUGGAUACUACAUGCACAGUUUCGAAAUUUGGUUGGCUUGUACUGUUGUUUUCCCAGGAGCCGGAAAUCUUGGGUAUACGUUGUUGGAAUACCGUCUCGGGAAGAGGAGCAUCUUGUCCUCCUUCCUCGAAAAUAUCACCUGGAUACCCUUCUUCUUUUUCUUCUUCGGAGGUCUCAGCAUCCACCUUUCUGUUGCACUACUCGCUCAUAUGUUCUCGUAUAAUAUUACGUGGGGGGCCACUGCUAAGGAAGUCGAAAGAUCCAACUUCUUCCUCGAGGUCCCCAAGAUCUGGAAGCGUUACUGGCCCGUUAUACUUCUGUGUAUCAUUGGUAUCGCUGCGAUGAUCGUCCUGUCUCUGUCGUUUAUUCCAGAAGGAUGGCGUAUCCCGGGGACUUCUUGGGCUGUUAUCUUCCCUCUUGCCAUUGUAAUUUCAGGGCAUUUGCUAUUCCCUGUCGUUCUCAACCCGUGGCUCAUGAUUUUCUCAUACUGAAAUACUCCCUCCCCCAAAUGGCGAGUCAGCGACAACAUCCUGCAAAUUAUAUUACUAUUGGUUAGACGAUUUUGGACUUCCUGUGUCGAUAGACUUAUUCUCAUCCUUUAUCUAUAAUCUCAAGUGUACAGUAGUACAUAUAGUAGACUCCGGUAUCUUCUGUUGUGCGCUCAUUUAUAGCUUGCCUUCUUUUUCUUCCCUCUCUCGCGCACAUACCGCAUAUUCUACAAUUUUAUUUGAAGAUCCAGGAGCAUAACGUGGACACUGGUACACACAAAUGAUUUUUUAGAUGCCUUCUGUUUUCACGAUCAUUAUAUUAUGUAAAUGCAAUGGGCAUAUUUUGUGAAAACACUUU